GGGCGACGCGGCGGUCGCAGACAUGGGCGCUGGGCCUGUGGGGGCACGGAGGGGGCGCGAGGAACAGCCGGGCGGGGCGGGAGAGACGGCUGCCGGGACUGGCCCUCGACGCUGAGCCGCGGUGGGGUGGGGUCCCCGCCGGCGCUGCGAGGGCCUGUGAGCGCCAGCGGGGCGCAUCGGGGGAUCCGGGCAACCGCCGGCCACUUCAGGGAGGACCCCUCGCCUCCGGGCCUGUUGAGAGGAUCGUGUGGGCACAUCGGAGGGUGCGGUGACCCCGUCCGCCACGUUUCGGGGGUCGGGGCGCUUCCGCAGAGACCGCCGCACAUCCUUUGGGACACCUGGGGCCCAGCGUCGCUUCCGUCGAGCCCCGGGGCGCCCCCGGAUGGCUGAGCUGACCCCUCGCUGGCCGCCUGGACGCCGCAGCGGCUGAGCUCGCUGGGAUCGCCGGGCCGCUGCCGCCCUCGCCGCCCCCUGCAUGCCCGGCGCCCGGGUCGCGGCCCACCUGGACGCGCUGGGCCCCCUGGUCCCCUACGUGCCGCCGCCGCUGCUGCCCUCUAUGUUCUACGUGGGCCUGUUCUUCGUCAAUGUGCUGAUCCUGUACUACGCCUUCCUCAUGGAGUACAUCGUCCUCAACGUGGGCCUCGUCUUCCUGCCCGAGGACAUGGACCAGGCGCUCGUGGACCUCGGCGUGCUCUCCGACCCCGGCUCGGGCCUCUACGAUGCCGACUCGGAGCUCGAUGUUUUCGAUGGGUACUUGGAGUAGGGUCUUGACUGCCAUCCCCCCCUCCCCUCCACGAUCCGCAAGCCUUGGCCUGGACCAGCCGCCCAGAUCAUGUCGCUGCUGCUGGUUGGGGGUCCUCCCCAGCUUCCAAGGCCUGCCUGCUCCCUUCAAAAGCUUCGUGCCAACAGAGGGAUGCCCGUUUGCACCCAGGAGUGUGGAAGGAGAUAUGGGGACCGAGUGCCGAGGUUGGGAAGGCAUCUGCCCCCAAAGAAUGGGAAAGGCGAGGGGCAUCCAGAGACCUCUCCUGCCUGCAGCCUCGCACAGACAGCCUGGCCAUGGCUUAUGACUUUUUGCAGUCGCGAUGGAUGUUUACAGGAACCCAGCCAGAGUUUGCCUCCCUGCACUUCACCCCCGACUGCACCUGCUUCCCCCUCUUAACCUUCGGAGAGGACACUUCCAACCGUGCACACACGCAAAAGCGACUCCGUUUGAUGCCAGUUGAGCCUUAAGCCCGGCUGGGUUUAGCCUGAGGCUGGUCUUAGAUUUAGUGACUGUUUUUGGGGAGUGACUCAAAAGAAAGGAGCUGAGGAAGCAUGCCGAGGGCCAAGGGUAGGGUUUUGACUUCAUCAUUUCAGGUUGUUCUUCAUCAAGUUGGCAGAACCAAGAUGCCGUGCUAGGGGAGUGCCACGUUGCUCCUCUGGCCACUAAUAUAUUUUUGAAAAUGUGAGUAGUGUGUAUACUUGAUUUGGACAUACCUGUAAACGCAAUAUUUAGGAGGCUGACUUCUUUUGAUUAAAACAUGUAUGCAACUCUGA